AUGGAGCUAAAGAACAUUGGUGUGUCCAUUGCUUAUAACGUAGUUGACACGGUAGAACCUUGUGUUAAUACGUGUCUGUCCUUGACCGGGUGUGUCUCCGCUGAAACCUGCCGGAAAUACAUUGAGGAGUAUAUUUUCCCGCGCCCUUUGGAAUGGGCCUUUAUAGCGGUGUAUGGAGUUUUGUUUUUGUUUGGUCUAAUAGGAAAUGCACUUGUAUGUUAUGUGAUAUGUCAUAGUCAUCACAUGCAAACUGUUGUCAAUAUUUUCAUCUUUAACCUAGCCGUGGCGGAUUUCCUCGUCAUAUUUUUCUGUUUGCCGACUACCAUGUUAGCUGACAUAACAGAAACGUGGUAUUUCGGUGACAUGAUGUGUAAAAUCAUACCCUUUCUACAGACUACUUCCGUCGCCGUGUCAGUCCUUACACUCAGCGCUAUAUCUGUGGAGAGGUACUUCGCCAUUUGUCAACCUCUGAAGGUGCGACUUACCACUCGGACCAUUGUCAAGGUCAUUGUUGUAAUAUGGAUAGCAGGAAUGGCGGCGUCUAUACCGGAAGUACUUUACAAUAGACUGUGGGAAAUGUUUCCGGGUCAAGUGACCAAGUAUCUUGUGCACUGUAGCAAGGAUUGGCCUGUAGUUUAUGACAACAAUUAUCAGCUUUUUAUUCUGGUCGCUCUUUACUCUAUCCCUAUAUGUCUUAUGGCCUUCACGUAUUCCGUGAUUUCCCGCCAGUUAUGGAGAAAUGAUAUUCCUGGAACAGCCGAAACAAACAACCUAGAAAAUAGACCUAUUACGUCGAUAACAAUGUCCGGUCCAGAGAGCCAGCUUCACUCACGUCGUCGAGCUGCUAAGAUGUUAAUGACAAUAGUGGUGAUUUUUGCCGUGUGCUAUCUACCUGUCCACAUCCUUAACCUUAUAAGGUUCACGGAUUCAUUCCAGGACGUAGAUGACACCAUCAUCAUCAACAUCGCUCUCCUCUCUCACAUCCUCUGUUAUGUCAACAGUGCGAUAAACCCAGUCAUCUACAACUUCAUGUCUGCCAAGUUCCGGAAGGAGUUCCGAAUGACCUUGACCUGUUGUCGCUGUCGUCGUCGGCAGAGCUCGUCACUUGUUCCACCGGGUAUAACCUCUUCGGCACGAAAUAGAAGCUCUAUUCCUCGCACAGAAAGGUUCACCAUGAAUACCGUGACGAUAAAACAGCCGGGAUGGAUUACGUCACCUCGGUAUUCCACCGGAAGAAAGACACGAGCAGGAACGGUGAAGACACAUGGCAGUUCAAGUCCGCCCCUUCGCAUUCCAGGAACUGAUGCAGAUGCUAGAGAAAUACCAGACAAGACUGUUGGACCAGAAUCCAAAGCCUCCAUUCCUCACAGAGGCGAACGUUCAACCAAUGGUAAAAAAGGCCACAGUGUCAAAGGAGACAUAGGAAAACGCGACUUUUCAGAAAAAGGGUAUGACGAUGAACACGCAUAA